AUGUGCUCUUCAAGUGUUAAUGGCGAAUCUGGAGAAAUUAUAAAUGGUGAUCAGCAUUUGAUCUCAAAGGAUGAUGAGAGAGUGAGAAGAAGAUCAGGAGCAGAACCCAAAUUCUUCCACAAUCGCGGAAGAGUAGUGUCUCUUGGCAAGAUCGCAUGUCCCAUUGUAAUUACAAACCUCCUACUCUUCUCCAGAUCAGUUAUCUCCAUGUUGUUUCUGGGUCAUUUAGGUAACAUAGAGUUAGCCGGUGGUUCAUUGGCUCUCGGCUUUGUCAACAUUACAGGCCUCUCAGUUGUCAAGGGUUUAUCCAUGGGGAUGGACCCUAUAUGUGGUCAAGCUUAUGGAGCCAAAAGAUGGUCAGUUCUUACCCAAACUUACUUCAAAAUGCUUUCUCUUCUCCUCCUCGUUUCUAUACCUAUUUCCUUUCUAUGGCUCAACGUUGAACAUAUCUUUCUUCGUCUUGGCCAAGACCCUGAUAUCACCAAAGUUGCUAAAGUUUACUUGGUUUUCUCCAUUCCUGAACUUAUUGCUCAAGCAACCCUUCAUCCCCUGAGAACUUUCCUCAGAACCCAAGGCUUGAGUUCCCCUCUAACCAUUGCUGCCAUUGCCGCUGUUCUCGUCCAUCCUCUGGUUAACUAUCUUUUUGUAGUGCAAUUCAAUUUAGGGGUUCGUGGUGUUGCUUUCUCUCUUGCUUGUAACACAAUAAAUCUAAACCUGGGUUUGAUUCUUUACGUUGUUAUUUCAAAAACUUCGUUGAAGCCCUGGCAUGGGGUUACACUCGUUUCUAUUUUCCAAGGUUGGAAGCCAUUGUUGGGGUUAGCAGUUCCAAGUCUUUUUUCUGUGUGUUUGGAAUGGUGGUGGUAUGAGAUCAUGCUUUUUCUCUGUGGUCUUCUAGUUAACCCUAAAGCGAGCGUGGCAGCCAUGGGUAUCCUCAUCCAAACCACGGGAUUAUUGUACGUGUUUCCUUACGCAAUUAGUAGUAGCUUGUCUACACGUAUUGGUCACGCGUUGGGUGCUGGUCAACCAUCUCGUGCUCAAUGGACAGCCAUAACUGGUCUGGUUUUAGCAUUCGUUUUCGGACUCACUGCCUCCGUUUUCAUGGCUCUGUUCAGAUCAAUCUGGGGAAGAUUAUUUACGGAGGAGCCUCAGAUUCUUGAACUAAUCUCAGCUGCACUUCCAAUCUUAGGACUUUGUGAACUGGGAAACUCUCCUCAAACAGCCGCCUGUGGAGUCUUGACAGGAACUGCACGUCCCAAAGACGGCGCACGCAUUAACCUCUGUUCAUUUUAUCUUGUCGGAUUGCCAGUUGCAAUUCUCGCAGCUUUUCAAUUUAAUGUUGGGUUUCGAGGAUUGUGGGUUGGUCUUCUGGCAGCACAGUUUACGUGUUUGUGCAUGAUGUUGUAUACGUUGAAACAAACGGAUUGGAAACACCAGGCUAAACGAGCUGAGGAGUUGACUCUGGCCGCCGGAGACAUGUCCGAUCUGGAGACUGGUUUACUUACCAGUCAACACUGA